AUGGAUAUCGAAUUAUCGACUCUGCCUUCAAAGACUAGAUGUCCCACUUACGAUAUGGCAGAAGACCAAAAGAAGCUCCAAGAGCUUUCAGACGCCUAUCAAAAGAUCCAAACAGACCUCCAAACAACCGUCUCCGCCCGCCAGCGCCUCGAGUCCCAACAGCAAGAGAACAAAGGCGUCCAAAAGGUGCACGUUCUCCCCAUACUUUCUACCCCGCUUCCCCGUCCCCGUCCAUCGUCCGCACCACUGACACCCGCGAAGGAAUUCUCCACCCUCCCCUCCACCUCCGCCAUCUACAAGCUCGUCGGCCCGGUCCUCCUGAAACAAGAGCGCAGCGAAGCCGUCAUGGCCGUCGAAGGCCGCCUCGACUUCAUCGAUCGGGAGAUCAAGCGGUUGGAGAAGCAGAUCCAGGAGACGCAGACCGAGAGCGAGAGCAAGAAGAUGGAGGUGUAUCAGUUGCAGACGCAGAUGCAAGGCCAGGAAUAG